UUUUUUCGAAAAAAUGCAUAAGAGCAAGGCCCAAAACCUAACUUUCACCUACAACAUUUCCUUAUCCAAUCUCUCUCCACCUGGCUCUACUUACGCUUAUCCAACUCCCUCUCCACCAGUUCCUGUUCCUCCUCUAAAACCCAAGGCUGUUCGGGCACUGCCCAGCUGCGGCCAGUGCUCUUGAGACAUCAACAACAAAGCUAGAGGGCCAAGCUUUCGCCCAGGCUUCCAGGAAGGAGCCCAGAUUGGGCGCACUGGUAAAGCAAUCUCUGGAGAUGAAGUAAUGAAGAUGUACCAGAAGGAGAUCGAUAAGCUGAAUAGUCCGGUUGGCCUCCAGAAGAGAUCUAUGAUUAAGAGCUCAGUUAAGAGGUUUAAAAGCCCUGCAGGGAUUAAGCCAAAGAAGUUUGAACAACCUAUACACACUGUACCGAUUGCAGAUAAGAAGGUAAAGAAGAAAUUAAGGCAGAGUUUCAAUGGGAAAAAGAAGAAGAGGAAAUUUAUAUUAAAAAAUUAUUGCCCAGAGAUACUAAAUUUAAAGUUAAGGUCAAAAUCGAAAAAGAGAAUAUUUUCAAGAGACAGGAGUAAAAGAAGAAAUUUGAAGAAGUUUUGUCGUGAUAUGUCAAUGAGACCAUUAUCGCCACUUCUCCCAUAUCGUAAAAUGCAACCUCUGAUUUUAAAUAAGUCCAAUAUGAUGAAGGAGAGCAGUUCUCGGUCUCGAAAGUUCUUAAAAUAAAAUCCUCUUCCACCACAACCCUAACACCAAACCACCCCACCCCCUAGUCCAAAAUAGCCCUAAAUUUGCUCAAAACGCACUCAAUCCAUCUCAAUCCUUCUCCAAACCUUCGUUUUCCCCUAAAAACUCCUCAAUCGACACCGAACCCCCACACGCCCAACCUCCACUUCAAAAUCCAAAAUUCCCUUUACACGAACUACAAAUCCCUGAACUCACACUCGAAGACUAA